CUCCCUCACUCUCCCCCCUCCCCCCCUAAAAGUGCCGUGCUGCAUAUGGCGGCGCGGAGUUGCUGUGUGCUGUUGGGUAUGCUGUGAAGUAAGUGGGAUUCCAUCUGAAGUCGAGGUAUAAAGAGAACAAAAACAAACGAAAACGCUGCUCAACCUAACGACGUAAAAACUAAAGAAAAAAGUAAAAAAUUUCCACCGCGCCAAGAAAGAUACCAAAGAAACCGAGCAGAGAACAACUACAAGGGAACGUAAAAAUUGUAAUCUUUAAGACGAAUCAAGUUUGAAUCCAGCGUCGCCAAGUUUGUACCUACUCAACAGCUUCGAAUCGGCACUCUGACUGCUGCAGUCUACACAACCUCUUUUAACAAAAAAAACAACAACCAACAACCGAGCAGCCGCUGUGGUGGUACGCUGUGGUGGUACGUGUGUGCCAGCGCGUGCCGUGUACCCCACCGCGCACCGCCGCGUGAGCCCAACAGCUGUCGCGCGCGGCCUCCUCAAAAUCACAAGCAAGCAAGCAAAGCAAAGUGACGAAACGUGCACCUCUUUACGAAGAUACCUUCAACUGCAAUUUACGAUACGAGUAAAAAUAUAACGCGAGCAAGUCGGCACGGUUGUGACGAUGGCCGACGCUUGGAAGGGUUUCUCUUCCACGGCCGAGUUCCCCGUGUCCCUCUGCCCCUUGGAGUGCGUGGGUCCUGAUGGCGGUGGCAGUGGUGGUGGUGGCGGCGGCGUUGGUGGUGGGUGCCCCGUGCCAGUCCGCGCGUCCCACGCUCUGGGCGUCUCCCCGUCGCACCGCUCCGCCUCCCGUGCACAUCCGUCCUCCAGCCAGCAUCCUGCUCAGCGCAGACGCAAGCCACUGUACCAGCGCUCAAUGAGCUACGACGCGAGCCUGUUGAACGGGGACGGCGUGACGGUGGGCCCGGUGCUGCGCGAGACCGGCUGCGUCGAGAAGCUGAUGCAAUCCUACGGCUUUGUCAAGUGCUACGAGCGACAGGCGCGCCUCUUCUUCCACUACUCGCAGUUCCGCGGACACGUGCAGGACCUCAAGGUCGGAGACGACGUGGAGUUCGAGGUGUCCACCGACCGCAAGACAGGCAAGCCCAUCGCCGUCAACCUGCUCAAGGUGAAGCCACCAGUCAAUUCGUUCGAGAUGCCCACGGAGGAACGCAUCGUGGGGCAGGUGGUGGCAGCCAUCCCGUCCGUCGGGGGCAAGGAAGGGUGCGGUGUCGGCGCGCUGCACAAGGGCAGCGUUUGCUAUGAGCGCAACGGGGGAAAAACCGGAGGACCCGGAGAAAAGUCUACGCGACCACUGGGAGAGAGAGAGAGACACGCAAACUCCAGAUAUACAGCAGCAGGCGUCAGGGUCGGGAGCGAACCCACGCCCUCCUGCAUACCCGGCGAGGAGGUGUUCUACCUGAACUUCUCGUGCGACGACGUGGAGGACGCCAUCGAUAUGGAAGUGGGAGAUAAGGUCUCCUUCACCGUGGCCACGAACAAGCCCGUGGGGAGCAGCGGGUUCAUGAGCGCCAGCGGCGUGAAGCUCAUGGAGCGCAAGCGCCCCGACCGCUUCCAGGGCGUCGUGUGCGCCAUGAAGGAGACGUUUGGAUUCAUCGAGCGCGGGGACCAGGUGAAGGAGAUCUUCUUCCACUACAGCGAGUACAAGGGCAACCUGGAGACCCUGCAGCCUGGGGACGACGUGGAGUUCAGCAUCCAGGAUCGCAACAACAAGGAGGUGGCGACGGACAUCCGACUGCUGCCGGAGGGCACGGUGAUCUUCGAGGACAUCAGCAUCGAGCGCUUCAAGGGCGAGGUGCUGUGCGUGCUGCCCAAGGCGCCCAGCAAGAACCUGUCUGACCCGCUGCCGGGCCGGAUCCACAUGGAGUUCCCGACGGCGCGGGACCUCCCGUACGGCGAGAAGGACACGCGCACCAAGGUGACGCUGCUGCCGGGGGACCAGGUGGAGUUCAGCAUCUCGACGGACCGGCGCGACGGGCUGGAGCGUGCCACCACCAUCACCUUGAUGUCAGAGACCUUCACCGCCUCCGACGAAAAGAGAGAAGUGGGCGUGGUGGCGGCCCUCCGCGACGGCUUUGGCUUCAUCAAGUGCGUGGAGCGGGAGCAGCGCAUGUUCUUCCACUACAGCGAGGUGAUGGACGACCCGCAAGCCCUGCGCAUCUCCGACGAAGUCGAGUUCACCGUCAUCCCGGUACGCACGGGCGAGCGGGCGGGCGGGCAGGACGCGAUGCUGCCGCAACGGAACCACGCGGUGCGGAUCCGGCGCCUGCCCAAGGGCUCGGUGUCGUUCAGCACCCGCCUGGACGAGCGCUACGUGGGGGUCGUGGAGCGCGAGGCCAUCGGAGCCGCCCCCAGCCCCUCCAAGGCCAAGGAGAAGGACCAGGAGCCGGGGAUCAUCGCUUACGAGGAGGAGGAGGAGGGUGAGAAGAUGACCAUCUCGUACCUGUGCAAGGACGUGGAGGGACGCGGAGCGCCCAAAGUCGGCGACAAGGUGGAGUUCAGCAUCGCGGAGGUGAAGAGGAGCGGGCAACGCAGCGCCGCCUGUGUCCGGGUGCUGAGCCGCCUCACCAGUGGCGGCUUGGGCAACAGCAGCAGCGGCGGCGCAGGUGUCACCAUCUCCGGUGGCGGCGGCGGCGGUGGCGGUGGCAAGCGGCAGGUGGGCUUCAUCGCCACGCUCAAGGACAACUUCGGCUUCAUCGAGAACAUCCAGCACAACGCCGAGAUCUUCUUCCACUACAGCGAGUACAACGGCGACGUGGACUUGCUGGAGGUGGGCGACGCCGUGGAGUACUCGCUGUCCAAGACCAAGGCGAACAAGACGAGCGCUGACAAGGUGUCCAAGAUCACCAGCGGAAACGUACCCAAGGACGACGUGCAGCCGACGAUUUACCUGGGCAAGGUGGCCCGGCCUCUCCGCAGCGUCGAUCCCCAGCAGGCCGAAUACCAGGGGCUGGUGGAGGUCACCGAGGACUGUGCCCUGAAGGGCGACACUUUCCCGUACGGCGUGGUGGGGCUGGCAAGCCGCUGCGAGUACCUGCAGAAGGGCGAGAACGUCAAGUUCCAGCUGUGCACCGUCACGGCCACUGGGGGGGCGCUCAUGGCCUGCAACAUCACGCCCAUGCGCAAGCUCGAGAGGGCCUACAUCGACUCAGUCAAGAGUGAGUUCGGCUUCAUCGCGUACGAGGUCGGCGACAGCAAGAAGCUCUUCUUCCACGUGAGCGAGGUGCUGGACGGCCUCGAGCUGAUGCCCAACGACGAGGUGGAGUUCCACGUCGUCUUCAACCCGCGCACCAGCAAGAGCAGUGCCUGCAACGUGCGCCGCAUCGGCGAGGCGUCGAAGAUGACUCCGUCCCCGCGGCCAGAGCGUCUGGUGAGCCGUCUCAAGAGCCUCACCCUGGACGACAACAGCGCCCCGCGCCUCACCGUCACGCGACAGCCUCGCGGCCCAGACAGCACCAAGGGCUUCACCGUGGAGCGAGUGCUGCGUCAGGUCGGGGUGGCCGAGUAAAGUGGUGCCGGGCGAGCGAGGAGCGGCGGCGGCGGCGUAGACUCGCGACGCGUCGGGGGGGGUGGGACAGCCGCCGCGUGUCUGACCCCCGUGUGUCCGACCCCCGUCGUCGGCGCCGGCGCAUGCCGCCGCUACCGCUCAACCGCACGCUCAGCCACGGCUCUGCCGGGCCCCUGCCGCCCCCCCGUGUUUAUAACGCAGCCGGCCCCACGCGCCACGUGCUCAUCAGCUCUCUCUCUCUCGUUGCCCCGUCAGCUGCAAUAGGCCACCCGUGCCGCAUCGCACCACUCCCGACCACCAUCCUCCUCAACCCCCCUCCCCUACGGCAUUGUCACCCUGCCCAGCUCGCCCAGCUCCAUCCGGUCACCUUUGCCUUGCCUGACCCCCCUCCCGCAUGUCCCUGGGCCCUCAGUGGUCUGUCUGUCUCUCUGCCUGUGCGUGCGAGGAUGUGUGUGUGUGUGUGCCUUCAUGCGUCCGUGCGCGUGUGUGUCCAUGUUUCUCUGUGUGGCUAUCCACGUAGGUGGUAUCUGUGUGCCGUUUUUCGGCUUGUGUGUCAGUGUGGUUUCAGAUGUGUGACCUUGUGUGUGUGCGCGCGCGCGCAUCUGCUUUUUUGUGUCGGGAGGUGUUUGCGUGCGUGUGUGUCAGUGGUGGGCAGCGGUUAGCGCAACGCUGCGCUACGAACCCGGCGACCCGCUCUCACGGCCACCAACAUCGGUGACGAUUAUCUGAACCGAUCCUGGUCCUCCCCUUGGUCGACUCGGCCUCAAAUGAGUACCUGGGUGCGGUGUGUAGUAAACAUCGCCACUGGGGAGACAAAGCGUGGCCUCAACAUCGUACUGGCCACCCUGGACCCCCCCCCCCCCUCCUGUGCUGUGCCGGCCUUCAAUAGGUGCUGCUGCUACUCCGCUAACAGCGCCUGCCCUGUAGAGUCUGUGUGUGGUGGGGGCGAGGAUCUGUGUGGUGCGUGUGUGUGUGCACCUGCCUGAGUGUGUGUGUGGUAUCCGGGUGCACGUGUGUGUCGCCAUCAUCAGCUCGGAGAAGAUUUGCCGCUGCUUUGUUUAUUUUUGGUUUGCCGCCGAACGGCACUGGAGGAGGGAGGGGGGGGGGGGUGGGAUGCGGGGGAGAGGGGCGAGUUCAACGACGUCAACUUUGGGGUUUGUUUUUUUUUCUCCAAUUUUUCAAAAAAUCUUGCUCGUUUUAUUUCAAGAUGGGAAAUUGCACACAUCCUUACCCCGCCUCCCCCUACCACCCUCCCUCCCCACCUUUUUCAUUUUCCAUUCCUUCACCCCCCCCCUCCCCCCCCCCCCAAACUGAUCAUCAGCCUUUUGAGAUGUUGCUUGUAAUCGCGCGCCUUGUCCCUUUGAAUUUUUUUUGUGUUAAGGCGGUAAACCUUGGAAGCGAUAAUUUUACCAAAAAAAAAAUUAAUAACUGAAGAUAUUGGGUGGGGAGAGAAAAUGCGUCGCCCGCCCGCCAUCUAUUUUGUAUUUCAUUUUUCUCCAAAAGUUUAGUUUGGUGUUAAAGCGUGGCACCGUAUAUACAAGCCCCCGGGAAUCGACGGGGGAAUUUCAUCCGGGGCGUGAAAGAACUCCGGGAUCGUUGGAGAUUCCCCGUGCCGGGAAAAAUGUUUUUGGGAUCGUUGGAGAUUCCCCACGCCGGGGAAAACGCAUUCUGGAAUUGCGUGGGAUUCUGGAGAGAAAACGAGUCUGGAAUCGUUGGCAUUCCAGAAAGGAAACAAGUCCUGAAUCGUUGGGAUUCUGAUGCGGGAAGGGAGGGAGUGGGGGGUGGGGGCAUACGGGAAUCGCUUUGAUUCCGGAGAGAAAAGAAGAAGUCGAGAAUCGUUGAGGUUCCGGUGAGCGAAACAAGUCGGGGAUUGUUGGGAUUCCCGGGCGGGGAAAAGAGUGUUCCGGAGAUGGAUUUGGGAUUCUGGGGCGGGGAAGAGAACCGGAUGGGGGGGGGGGGGGGGUGAUCCGUUGGGAUUCCGGGGCGAGGAGUUCUCCGGCCCAGGGCGUGUCGUGAGAGCGCGUGUACGUGUGCCUAGAUGCUCGAGCAUUUCACCGUGGAAAUCAUUGGCAAGUCGCAAGCGUUGCUCCGUCCGCCCCCUCUCUGCCUCUCUCUCUCUCGCGUAACGACACGAGCACUUGGGGUGUUCCUCCUGAUUUUGCGCUUGGUCGGAGCCGGGAGCGGGGAAGAGGACGGAGGAGAGGGAGACGCGCGGGGGUUACGGAAUAAUAAAAUAAAAAAAAUUGCCUGAUUAACGAAUAAAAUGAAAACUCCAAAAAAAAAGAUAUAUAACAACAUCGACGAAAAAUAACACGGAAACAGAAUCGCCGAGGACAUUUUUUUUUUCGUUUGAAAAGCUGUUCAAAGUUUGUAAAGCAGUACACAACCGAAGCAGUUAAAAUGAAAUGCAAAAAUAAAGUAAUACCUAAUAAAGUGUGCAACGUCUAA